AGCUGAACCGGAGGAGUGUCAGUUCUCCCAGCAUGAACAGAUUGUCAGGAAGCAGACAGGAGCUUAGCCCAUCCCACAGCCUAGGCAGCAACAAGGGCCGAUGGGAAAGUCAACAGGAUGUGUCCCAAACACUGGUUUCCAGAGGGAUAACUCCAGGUCCUCCAGCUCUCUCUGUCUCACCCCAAAAUAACCAGUCUUCUGAUCCUGGACUGGGAGGCUUGGCAGCCUCUUACUUGAACCCAGUGAAGUCCCUGGUGCCACAGAUGCCAAAACUGCUGAAGUCUCUCUUCCCUGUUCGGGAUGACAGAAGGGGCAGACACUCAUCUCCCCUUGCACACCAG